CACAUCAGAGUCUGGUGUUUAUCUUUUAUUACCUGCCAGACCCCUCUGGAAAAGAGCCUCCAUGGAAUUCAUCAUCUGCAGUGUUUGUUUCAGGACACAAGAGAUGAAGGUAAUGAGACUGAAGCCAGCCGGAUGAGUAAAUUAAGAAGAACAAGAAAGAAAGUCACUAAACAACAUCUAUCUUCAACUGAAGUAGGAGAAAUGGAUACAUCCAACUCAAAAGAAAGGAUCAGAAGCCAAAUGGUGUGCCACAAGUUGGGGGAUAUGAGCAAGCCAGUUGUGGGAACUGGCUCUGCAGAUUCUCAUCUGCCACAAGACGCUAAGGACUCCGAGAAUCAGACAACAGGGAUAAAACCCUCCCACGUCAAAACAUCAGCCAGUGCUCCUUGUAGUGAAUUUAACACGAACUCCAGCCAUUCCGAUAACAUGAGGGAUGGCACUCAAAUUCCAACCACACCUCAUCUGUCCUCUAGAAUGAAGCACAUUAAACAAGAGAUGGCCAAAAAUCACCUUCAGUUUGUGCGAUUUGAAGCAACAGACCUCCAUGGUGUGUCCAGAUCUAAGAGUAUCCCUGCACACUUUUUCCAAGAAAAAGUGAUCCAUGGCGUUUGCAUGCCCCGAGGUUAUCUUGAAUUGAUACCAAAUCCUAAGGAUGAUGAAGUGGAUCACAUAAGAGCAACAUGUUUUAAUAGUGACAUAGUCCUGAUGCCAGAGCUUUCAACCUUUCGAGUGUUGCCAUGGGCUGAGAGAACCGCCAGAGUGAUAUGUGACACUUUCACGGUGACUGGGGAGCCUCUUCUGACUUCCCCAAGGUACAUUGCCAAGAGGCAGCUGAGCCAGCUGCAGGAUUCUGGCUUUUCCCUGCUCUCUGCCUUCAUCUAUGAUUUUUGCAUUUUUGCUGUGCCCGAAAUUAUCAAUUCAAAGACCAUAUCUUUUCCUGCCUCAACAUUGCUAAAUAAUCAUGAUCAGCCUUUUAUCCAGGAACUCGUUGAUGGUUUGUAUCACACAGGAGCCAAUGUUGAGAGCUUUUCCUCCUCUACCAGACCUGGUCAGAUGGAAAUCUGUUUUUUGCCUGAAUUUGGCAUCAGUUCAGCUGAUAAUGCGUUUACCCUCAGAACAGGCGUCAAAGAGGUGGCAAGGAAAUAUAACUACAUCGCCAGCUUUUUCAUUGAGACCGGAUUCUGCAAUUCAGGAAUUUUGUCUCACAGUCUCUGGGAUGUCGAUGGGAAGAAAAACAUGUUCUGCAGCAAUUCGGGGAUUGAGGAGCUCACGAUCACUGGGAAAAAAUGGUUGGCAGGACUCUUGAAGCAUUCCGCUGCUCUCAGCUGCUUGAUGGCUCCUGCUGUUAGCUGCCGAAAGCGUUAUUCCAAGGAGAGUAAAGACCUCAAGGACAGUGUGCCUACAACAUGGGGAUACAAUGAUAACAGCUGUGCUUUUAAUAUCAAGUGUCAUGGUGAGAAAGGCACCCGGAUAGAGAACAAACUGGGCUCGGCCACUGCAAAUCCUUACCUGGUGCUGGCUGCUACUGUUGCUGCAGGCUUGGAUGGACUUCAAAGCAGUGAUGGUGUCCUGGCUGGUCCAGAUGACAGCACGGACUUCUAUCAGUCAAAAUCUUCUGAGAUCCCUUUGAAACUGGAGGAUGCUCUCGUGGCCCUGGAGGAAGAUCAAUGCCUGAGACAGGCUCUGGGGGAAACUUUUAUUCGCUAUUUUGUUGCCAUGAAAAAAUAUGAGUUGGAAAAUGAAGAAACAGAUGCAGAGAGAAAUAAAUUCUUAGAAUAUUUUAUUUAGAAUAGCACCCUUAACUAUUCUUUCAGAGAUGUGAGUUUUACUUAAGUAGCUGAUCUCCCAGAAAGAAAAGAUUGGAUUUUUAUAAUUAACAACAAAAAGACUACAAAUGCUUUCGCUCUUUUUUGUCCCCAUGGAGUAUUUGACAGAUAUGAAGUGGGACUGCUGAGAGAUUCUGACAGUAGAAACAAACAAUAAAGUUGUGGUGCGGCUGUGUUAUGCAAAUUUA